GCCGCGGAGCACUCGGGGUCGCGCCGCUGGGGCCUAAGCGCGUUCCCGCUGCACGCAGGGCUCGGGUUGCGGCGGCGGCUCCCGACGCGCUCCCGCUCCGCCCCCUGCGCUGCCCGACGGGAGGUGCGAUGGCUUCCCGCAAGAGCUCCAGGGCCACCGGCGGCAGCCCCAGCCCCGGCUCCAAGAGAGAGACUAAGCAUGGAGGAGGCAAGAAUGGAAAGAAAGAAGGCCUCUCUGGAAGCUCAUUUUUCACCUGGUUUAUGGUAAUUGCUUUGCUGGGAGUUUGGACAUCAGUAGCAGUUGUCUGGUUUGAACUUGUAGAUUAUGAAGAAGUUCUAGGAAAGCUUGGGAUAUAUGAUGCUGAUGGAGAUGGAGAUUUUGAUGUGGAAGAUGCUAAAGUAUUGCUAGGCCUGACCAAAGAUGGCAGUAAUGAAAAUAUUGAUUCCCUUGAGGAAGUCCUUAAUAUUUUAGCAGAGGAAAGCUCUGAUUGGUUUUAUGGCUUUCUCUCAUUUCUCUAUGAUGUAUUGACUCCUUUUGAAAUACUAGAAGAAGAAGAGAGCGAAGCUGCAGAUGAUGUUGAUGGUACGUCACAGAAUGAAGGGGUUCAGGGAAAAAAGACUUGUGUUAUUUUGGAUUUACAGAACCAAUGACUGAAAGACUAAUUUGAUUGGCUUUCGAAAAUGUCCAUGAAAUCAUCAACCUUAAUAUAGCAAGAAUUUAUGGCAUUGAGGGGAACCUCCCAAAUGGACACUCUAAAGAUUGAACUAAAGUUAGCCAUGCAAUGCUGUUUCAGUAGUUGAAAGCCUUUCAAUAAUUUUUCCAUUUUUUUGUGGCAGGAUGGCAAGCAUUAUGCAAGUGUGUAAAUAUAUGUAGAAUAAAACGUGUAUCUGUGGUUGUGUAGUUGGUUUCUGUAUGUGCUUCAAUUUGUGCAUUUUGUGCACAAAACUUACAAAGCUUAAGUGUAAUAAUCUCUACUGUUAACACUAUAACAUUUGUCUUUCUAGCAAACAUUAACUGAAGCAUUUUGUAAUAGCCUUGAUUAUAAAGUAUUCUAGCAUGACUGCAUUUUGUAAAUACAUAUUUUUAUGUUAAUCCUUAAUAUAGUCAUGACAAUGAUAAUUCUCUUGUGAAAUAUAAUUUUAAUAAAUAACUUAUUUUGUGAUCCACUGGUUUCUCAGAUAGGUUCUUUUUACUUUUUCAAAGAAAGGCACUAAUUUAUAAGUGCUUGAAAAUUCUACAGGAACAUUUGUUUCUAAGUUAGCUAACAUCAUGUAUUCAGAUGAAUACUGUCAUAUGGUUUAUUCCCACUGAUUUGGUUGUCAUAUGGUUUAUUCCCACUGAUUUAUCUGUUUUCAAACUAAAUCUUCAGUCAUUUCUUUAAUAUGACAAUCAAAUCACAAGGGCUGUUCCAAAUUUCUUUUAGUUUUUAAGGUGGGCCUUCUGUGGAAGUGGGAAGUUAUAAUUAUGUAUUUCUAAUGUAAUACUGAAUAUAUUAAAGACUAAUUGGAAAUUAGAAUUUUAUGUCUUCUAUUCCUUGAGAAAUUUAAGUAUUUAAUGUAGUUUUGCAAAUUUGAAUCUUGUGAAACUGUUUUAUGGCAGUUGUUCCAGACAUACUUUCCAUGUAUGUGAAUUUUGUCUGCUGUCAUGAAGUUACUGGUAUAGAAAGGGCAGUUUAUAAUUGUGUCCUGCAGUUUGUAUCAGGUAUCAAAAGCUGAAACUAAGCUGUCCUUUUAAAACAUGAAUUAUGUACUCAAAAAAAUUACUAUUAAAAUUGUAUCAAAUUGGUUUUUGUAAUGCCUGCUUUGCUGAAGUUUAUGUUGGUUUCCUAUAUGAACAUGAUACCCAAGUUUAAACACAAGUAGUUGCAGGCUGAAAUUUUAACUUCUUUUAAAAAUAAAUAAAAUUUCACUUACUUUAGCAUGCCAUUUUUAAAGCAAUUUAACGUGCCUGUUUGAAAAAACUUUCUCUAGAUCAUCCAAUUCAAGGUACUAUAUAAUCUUUUAAAAGUAAUAAAAAUGUACUAGUGUUAGGCAAGUGAAGUGUUGUGAUGGGCUGAUACUGAUACUCAAGGUUUAUAAAUUAAGUAGAGCCAUAAGAGCCUUGGUCACAUUUUCUUCCAAAUAUUUGGGUAUUAGGAUAUAAAAAAGCUAACAACAUAAAAAUUUAAUGGGUUUUAAAACAAGAUAUAUGAAGUGUAAGGCAAAGAAAAUAAAUAAACAAACCCCUAAACAUUAUAAAAAUAAAUGCUAGUAGAUCUGGAGUAUUACUCAGCAAUUGUUAGCAAGUGCAAGAAACUUGCAGUGUCUGAGAUGUAGGAAAUAAGUAAGCUUGGGUUGUUUUUUUUGUUUGAGAAUUUUAUUUAUCUUAAUUUACAAGAAGAUUUCUUCUUAAUUAGAAGAAGAUUUGAAUUAGAAAUAAGAGUUUCAUCACUGUUUUGGGAUAAUAUUGCCUCUCAAUGUGGAUUACAAAAUUGUCAUAUAACAUUGAAUUCUAUUGAAGAUACUUCAGUAAUGGAAAUAAAUAGCCAAAAAGAGAAGGGAAACAUCUGCUGUAAGAAUUCCAUAUAAUGAAGUUUAUACAAAAUUUUUAAAAACUGAAUUGAUAAACUGGAAAUAUUUCAGGUGAAAUUGAGGUGGAUUGCUUGAACCACUAGAAGGCUAGAGGCACUGAGGUGAUCAGUAAACAGUGAAUUAGUUUAAUGUGGGUGCAGAUAUGAAAGGUGCACGAGCAGUUCUGAUUUGAUAUCAUGCAGCUUCCUUGUUGGUUUUAUUAAGUGUGUAGGCAUCUGCUCAAAAACGAUUAAGUGGGAAUGAAGAAUUUGUCAGGGGAGAAGGGGUGAGGGGUGGAUGCAAAGACCUAGUGUAAGUAAAUAUCUUUGUAGGAUACUUCCUUCUGGAAAAUAGUCUUCUCAGAAGUGUUCAGUCUUGCCUGGGGUUGUUCCUGUUGAGUUGACAAUUGAACCCUCACCUGUGGUUGUCUCUGGACGUUUGGAAUAGAGGAGUUUGGCUUUCAUGUAUUCUCUUAAUGGUUGUGAUUACAAGCAGAACUUGGCUAGUAAGGACAGUAAUAACAUGUAGUUGAAUAUUCAGUUAUAUCAGCAUGGCAGGCUUUUUGGUUUGUUAGUUCAUUUGUUUUAUAAAAGGCAUUUAAAAGCAAAAAACAUUAAGCUGAGUAUGAUGUGCAAAUAAGCAAAGAAAACUGAACAGUAUCCCAAUUUGCUUGUGAGUCCGCCCAAAUAGUUUGAAAUUAGUUGAGGAACUUGAAAACUAAAUUUUUAGUUUGAUUGUUCAUGACUCUAAAAAUACAGUCAUUGAAUUUUUUAAAGUAUUUUUAAAGUGUGGGUUGAAAGCUGUGGCAUUUUGACUUCUAUUAUCUUAGAAUAAUUGUUUUAGAAAGCAAGGCUGCUGCUUUCUCCUGAAGUUUCUGGUUUGAGAAUUUAAAACAGGAGAAAAUUAGUAGCAAACAAUGGUUUUUUGGAAUGUGUGUUUUUUCCAGUGUGUGGAAAAUAUAUUGUUUAAGUGAUCAGAACUUGCUGGGUUUUAUACCUGGCAAGGAAUGAAGCUUUAUGGAUUUUAUAUUAAAUUGGACAUGUGAGUUUUAUUAGAAUACCCUCAUAUACCUUACAGUUAAUUUAUAUUUAGUUUUUGGAAUGCUAGAAAUAAAUAUCUGUGAUUAAAAUUGUAGUCUUCCAGUUUGUCCAGCUUUUAGAAAUCUGUGGGCUGUUUUACUUUGUCAUUUGUUGGUAAGUGUUUGAUAUUUUAAUUGCUAGUCUUCAAACAAAAUACUGCAUUAACCUUCAUAGCAAAGCUUUUUCUUGCUUUCUUGUGAUACUAAUCAAACUAAAUUUAUCGGGGUAAAAACUCUUAAUACCCAUACAUCUGAAAUGGCCAAAAACUUUUGGAAGCUUUGAACCCCAGAUUUCUGUGACCACCUUCAGCAGUAUUUAAUUUGAAGGUAAAAGAGUGUUAUAUGGCAGAGAGAAAUCACAAUGCUCAUAAUGUAUAGAAUAACUUUGAAUUGAAGGGAAUAGAGGUUGCGGAGAUUGUUUGCAUAUCUGUUAAAAUUUUUAUUGCAAAGAUUUUUACCCCCCCCCCUUUAAAAAAUUUCAUUAUUAGUUAGCCUCAAUUGACUGACUAUAGAAGAAAUCAAAUUUUCAUGACUGUUAUUGGUACAGGUUGCAUUUAGAUGGAAGCAUAGAAGAAGAAUAUAUUGAAGCAUGUGAAAGAUUUUCAUUUCAUUGUCAGAUGGGAGAGGUGAAACCCACCUGUAUUGUAAAUGUAAUUUGGAAGCUGGGGAAAGCUGCUGUGUACAGAUCAGUCAUUUUGGAGAGAUGUACUACUGAAUUCCCUGUUUGGUUUCCAUCAGAUAAGCAGCUAUCACAAUGAUGUCCCACUGGCAUGAAAUAAAUUAGGUAUUUAUCAUGUUCAGUUAGAAUGUUCUCAAGAUGAGGCUAAUAAAGGUAAGAUGUGCUUGUUGGUUUCUUAAAUCUGCUCACUCAGGAUGCAGCAUAAACAUCUGUGACUUCAGGGAAGAAAAAUGCUUUCUGCCACGUGUAUCUGAUCUGGAUUUUUCUUCUGACAUUAGACAGUUAGAUAAGCAAGAGAUAUUAAAGCAACGUGUGGAGAAUAUGCUGAAGUUUGGUGUUUGGUUGUUUGAGGGGUUUUUAUGCUAGUUGUAUGAAUUAAAAUCUGCACUUGGAGAGAUACAGGCUUUGGUAAGAAAAGUACUCUGAGCUCAGUUAAAGGUAAGUGGGUGUUAGCUUUCUGUCAGUAAACUAAUUUUGUUUAGCAGAUGACUUUGUAUGUCUAGUAUAGCAUAUUAUAAUUGCAAAAUCGCAGUAAUAAUUUUGUGCAGGGGGUUAUACAAACAAUCAUAAUUUUUUCUGACGUGCAGUUCUUCUGGAAAAGGAAAAUAAAAAGGAGAGAAAAAAAUGUUAAUAAUGAUUUUGGCUUACAGAUUUUUAUUUCCUCUUUUGGCAUGCAAUUUCAGCAUAUUUUUUUAGAUUUUUGUGUGGCUAAGGAGGUUCUUGAUGGAACAUCAUAAAUUAGGGCAAGAGUUGGAACACCAGCCCUAGUGUUUUAAAACUUGACACUUUAUAUUCUGUUAUCCAGGCUUUGCAUAAAUUACGGAAGGGUAGCAAAGGCUGUCUGUCAGCUGCUAUGAGCUAACCUAGCCCAUUUGCUUUCUGCAAUAAAUGCAAAGUAGCCUCUCCCUUUUUCACAUCUAAGUGGAUAAACCACCUUAAUUAGCUUCCAUUUGUUUCCUGGUGCUGCAGGUUAAAAAUGUUUAUGGAGGUAGAGGUUGUGGAGAAAUUGACUUAGAGGAAAUUUUUCACAUGGCAAAGCCUUUUGUCUAGCAAGGCUAUUAAAGUUUUCAGGAUUAUUAAGUGAAUGAAAUAGUAUUUGCACAUGCCAGGUUGCUAAAUACAUUGUUAAAUAUGAGAAUGCUAUUUGUCAACUCUGGGAAGCUGCUGAAAAACAGAGAGCUUUUUGCCUAUUUUUUUUCAAUGCUUAUCUUUCUAAAUAAAAAUAGUAUUUAUGUAUUUUUCUUCUGAUGCUCAACUUCUAAAUCUCUAUUCUCACUUGGGGGUUGUUUGUGGAUAAUGUUCUUGAGCAUUUUUAUGGGGAAAAAUAGAGGAAAUUACUGGACUGUUGCAGAAUAGUAAUGCUUUGUGAUAUUCCUGAGCUUCAAAAGGUCCAUUAAGAUAGUAAGCUGACCACCUUUAAGCACUGUAUGAAAAUGACCACUCUGAGAGGAGUAUUCAAUUUAUAGAAUGACUGUUUGAAAGAGUUAUUUAAAAAUAUUGUAAACCUAUGUUAACUUUGAACACAACUUUUUAAUUAACUAACUCAAAUAAUGGCCAUUUCUGAACUUCUCUUAUACCCACAUUUGAUGUUACAAAUUGUAUAUUUACUUCUUGCAUUGCCAGCAUUGGACAUUUAUAAUGUGGGAUUGAAUGGAUUAAAAAGAAGGAACUUUAAAACUAGUUCAAAACCAUUAUGAAGCCACUUGAAUUGGACUUUAGAAUAAGAGUCCACAAGUUCAACUACAUGAUUUAUAGAAUUCUGGACAUUUGUUUGUGUGUUCCCAUGCUGUAAGAGCCUAAGUCUUGGAUGAAUUCCCUUAGGUGCCAGAUUUUGUCGCAUGCCCUGGACAUUGCUAUCUUUUGCACCCAUCUUGCUUCAGCAUAAUUGGGGCUGACAAGUAAAACUUCCAUGUGCUCUAGGGAUUUCCCUUUUAGGGAUCAUGAUCAGGUGGGAAUCAAGAUGUAGCAGGAUUUUGGUCUUGUGAUUAUUGCAUAAUACUAAUGCUUUAAAAUAUAUUAUUUUACAUACUUCUCUUGUGAACAGAUCUAUUAAUAUGUUAAAGUUUACAUUAUUAUAUAGUUAUGUCAUGAAUUGAUAAUUUGCUGAGAACUUUAGUGCUAUUCAUUGCUUAAAAGCAGAUUGAAACAAAAUUAUUACUUGUGUGAAUGUUCAACAAGUGAAAUAACAGGAAUCACUAACAAGCUAUUUUGUAAUCUUUCAACAUAGUCAAUAUAUGUUAAUUUUAAAAUAAUUUGAAAUAUCUGUAUGAUAAUUGUUGUAUAUAUUGAUACUUGCAAAAUUUCACUGUUUUCUUUGUCAACAUAUGCUUUUAAGAGUAUCUUAAAAUAUCCAGUAAUGUUUAAUUUUAAUAUGCAAAGUGGGCAGGGAGUGUAAAUUUAAAUAUGGUUUUGUUCAACUUUUCUGGGUACCUUUUAUUGUUCAUAUUUAUACUGAUGAUGUGAGAGUUGGAGUCUAUUUUUCCUUUUAUAGGAAAAAAAAGUUAACUUAUUCUUCCAUACACUACUUAGAAAUAGUAAGACCGAAUAAUGAUUUUAGUCAAGUUAGAGCUCUGGACUUCAGCAAUGGUGGUAAUCUAUGAGGGAGCAGCUCAAAAAGACUUAUCCCAGGUGUGAAUUUGUAAGGAAAUUAAUCUUAAGCCUGUAUUUUCACUGAUUAACCUUUUUUAAAACAAUUUUGGCUAUAAUAUCAACACCUGAUAUUUUGAAAACAUAUAGUAUAGAAGUUAGAUGCAAGGUGAUUAAAGUGACUUUACAUUUAAAUUCUUUAAUUUUAUGAUUUCAUUUUUUUAGUAUAGACUGUUUUAGUAUAUUGUUUGUUUUUUUCAGAUUAAGUGUUUAUAUAUGCCACAGUUUAGGUAGGUACUGUUUUCUGGAAAUCUAAGCUCAUGGUGCAGACAUUCAGUGUAGGUGUUCUGUAUGUCUGAAUGAGAAGCCUAGUGUUAAGACAUGGGAAUAUCUCUUCUCAUUUAAUAAGAUUAUGUAUGAGUUUAAAAAUACAUAGUUACUGUAUCUUUUCAGCUUUUCUUUACUUUCUAGUUGGCUUUUAGCUAGCAACUUACAUGAUUUUUGUGGUUAAAAUUGCUGUGUUUGUGAGAUUUAAGUUUUAAUCCACAGCAUCAUGAUAGUGAUAAUCCAGUCUCUUUUAAUGGUAUUAAAAAGAUGAAGCUAAAUGUUAUUUGUAUUUUUGGAAAGGUUUCUGCCUUUAUGCCUCUUGUGGUACUAGCUAUAAAUUAUAGUACAAUCAAAAGGCUGACUGCUCUCAGUUUGUUAGCUACAAUGGUAAAAGACUAACAGUCUAAAGGAGUCUGAAGUAAUGCAGUUAAGUAUUUUAACUAAUGAACUGGUAACUGCUUUUUAGUCCUGAAUAAUACCUUUGCCAAAACAUUUAUUUUCCUUUGGAUAAAGAAACAUACAUUGUAAUUUAUUGUAAGAAAACAGUUAGUUUAUAUACUCUGCAAUACCUGUGUACUUGAAGGCCUUUUGAGUUAACAUGUUUAUAAAAUAUUUAUAAAAUUUUAUAGAAACAUAAAUUAGUGCAUUUAAGAGGGAACUGGCAAAUACUUUGCAAAGAAAUCAUAGGGGGGUGUUGGUUAUAAUUAUGUGUCAGUACUUGUCUGGAGAACUGAGCAAUCUCCAAGUCAAGAUGCUUCACAAGUAGCAUCUGGUAAUGUGGUACUUUUCUUUGCUUAGUCUUUCACAUCAUACUUGUGAUAGUCCUGCAACUGAAGUUGCUUUAUUUUUAAUGAGUUAAUAUUUUGUAUUUUUCCAUAACAUUGUGGUGUGCUAUCUAAAGUGAACUUUUUACAUAAGAUGGCAGGUUGGAAAAUUUAAUGUCAGGUUUAUUAAAUACCACAAAUAUGCUCAUAACCUAUUUCCAUUUUGCAACUAAUUAGGUGAGGAGCCAGGAGGGGUAGCCAAGAAAAAAACUAAACUCAAAGGUAUUUUUAAUGUUCUUUUUCAUGCGGAACUUUAUGCAGAUAAGGAUGUAUGAAAUGCAUGUGCAUUACAAAUACCAACUGUGGGUUAUAAUGUUUACUAAUACUAGCUAUGUUGGCUAAAUAUUUUCUAAUGGAGCAGCAAAUAUUGUUCUUGCAAUUUCUCAGUAUUUACUUUUACUACUGAUUGAAAUUCAGUGGCAAUGUGAGCGCUUUCCUAACUAGAAAUGAUAUUUUGUGGAUUUUUCUUACAACAAAUGUCUUGUUUGGAUUGUAAGUAGUUUAUGAUAACCUGAUAUUCUGCAUGUUUUUAAGUAAUGUGUUGCUACAUAUGAAAUGUUCUUUGUUAUGUUCCAUGAAUUCAUGAUACCAUUACUAUAUUGUAAUUGGCCUUGAGUGCCUUAAUUCUUCUAAGGCUGUACUUUAAUAGUUUAAUCUAUUUUUUUUCCUGUGAGAAUUGGAAUUUAGGCAAAGUCCAACAACUUCCCCUUUAAUAUUAUUUGCAGGAUUGAUUGCAACAUUUUCUGAAAGCUUAGUGUGGGAUAGCUUGCAACCAAUUUAUGCCAUAUAUUUAUUUAUAAUUACAUUGCUGUAUGAACUGGUCAUAGUGUUGAAGACAAAAAAAGCUAAUUAGCAACAGCAAACACCAAGGUACCAGGUGUACUUCAGGUGUGUAGCUUUUUAUAUCUGUUCAGUUGCAGCAUGAGGCUGUGGAAACAGUCUCUAUGUUACAUUAACCACAUAUAGACUGCAAGGUGUUUUUUUCCUAGCAGUAUAUGAAAAAUGCAUGCUAUUCACCAUACAAACCUUCACGAGGAAAAAAGUGUAUUUGCUAAGGAAAGUUUGCUGCUCAUUCCAGUGUGGCUUUUCUUAGCAUCUUGCAUCAAGUUGAAAUUUUUAGCAUUUGUUCCAUAUUGUGCUUGGUAUAACUUGGUUGCAAACUGCGUGUUUCAGAGACUGUAAUAACUGUCGCUUAGCAAUUCUUUCCUGAGUUUUGGAUUAUUUUUCAAUGUUUGAUAUGAGAAUAAAUAAAUGGCAUAUUUCAAAUGUUUUAUGUCAAAAACCAUUUGGAAGGAAAUAUGAUGUCAUUCACUUUAGACCAAACUAUGUAAUUGAAUUGUUCACUCCACAGAAACAUUACACAACAUUACACAGCUAGAGGCAGACUUGUGAGAAAGUCUGAAUAAAAAUAGAGGUGUUUAUAUGUAAAAGUCAUUAUUACUUCCUUAAUAAUAUGGGAGUAUUAGUUUCAAAAUUAAAUACAAAUAUUGCAUACAGAUUUAAUGAAAAAUCUCUGAUUUUUAUUGAAUUAAAAUUCCUUAUUCUAGAGAAUUCUACUGAUAUUGACAAAUAUUUUCAAAACUAUGGCAAAAUGGAAGUAAAUAUUGAACAUUAAACAUAUUGAACAUAAAUUUCAAGGCUUCUGUUCUGAUUGUUCUUAUAACAUAUUCUCUGUAUACCCUGUCACAGCCAAAUGUGAAUUGAAGUAAAGAAGCAUAAGUGACACAACUUCAAAAGUAAAAUAAAGAAAAAAAUGUUGAUGAUAACUGAAAAACAAAGUUGUAAGAACCAA